AUGAAUCGACCUCUUCCUAACGCCGAUCUGCAAGUAUACCUUGGGGUCUCCAACGAAGUCAUCAGCGCAACUUUAGUGCAACACGCACUAGAGCCCCGACUUAUCUUUUUUGUCAGUCGGGUGCUUCAGCCUGCUGAAACACGUUACCAACAGGUGGAGAAGGUGGCGUUGGUUCUCCUCCACUCUGCCCGAAGACUUCGCCCUUACUUUCAGAGUCACCAGGUUGUAGUUAAGAUCGACUACCCGAUCUCCAAGAUUUUGAGAAAGCUGGAUAUUGUAGGACGGAUGGUUGGUUGGGCCGUCGAAUUAUCUGAGUUUGGCUUGCGUUAUGAGCCACGUGGAUCGAUCAAAGGGCAGCACCUGGCGGACUUUGCGUUAGAGCUACUCGACACACAAUUGACCAAUCGGUGGACCUUGUAUGUAGACGGAGCUGCAGGUCAGGCUGGCGUAGGCGUCGGGGUAGUAUUGGAAGGACCUAGCGGGUUUUUAAUCGAGCAAUCUCUCAUAUUCAAAUUCAGGGCAUCUAACAACCAGGCCGAGUAUGAGGUCUUAAUCGCCGGCCUCGCGCUGGCAUCAGAUAUGGGGGCUCAAUCCCUCACGUGCAAUACAGAUUCCCAACUGGUAAUGGGGCAGAUGACCGAGGAAUUCCAAGUCAAAGAUGACCAACUACUGCGGUAUUUUCAUAAAGCCAAUGCCUUGGCCAAAGAAUUCCACCUGUUUACCAUCAAACACAUACCUAGAGGGGAAAACUCCCGGGCAGACAUGCUAUCUAAACUCAGUAGUGGCAAGGAAAAGGGGCAACUUACAACGAUCAUCAAACAGGUUUUGAAUGAAUCGUUCGUCGAAUGCAUGGCACUAGAUACACCCACAAAUAAUGACUGGCGAGACGAGAUCUUGAAAAUGAUGGCAACCCAAGACGCCGGUCGAUUCCUAAAGCCUGCAGACGCCCAAAAAAUUGCCCGAUACGUCACGGUGGGCAAUGACUUAUACCAGAGAGGCUUCUCCAUUCCCCUACUCAAGUGCAUAAGCCCUGAGCAAGCUGCUUACAUCAUGGAUGAACUCUACAAUGGAGUAUGUGGGUUACACACCGGCGCCAGGGCCUUGAAGGCACGAGCUCUCAAGGCAGGGUACUAUUGGGCGACCAUGGAAGAAGAUGCCAAAGCGUUCACGUCGAGGUGUGAGAGAUGCCAAGCUCACGCCAACAUUCCCCACGCCCCGCCAACCGAGUUGCGAACCUUAGUUUCCCCGUGGCCGUUCGCCAAGUGGGGGAUGGACAUCGUAGGGCCCUUUCCCCCCGGACGGGUCCAGAAAAAAUUCAUCCUCGUCGCCGUUGAUUAUUUCACAAAGUAG